AUGUCCUCAAAUACCCAACCACAACCUCCGAGUCGAACCCGCGCGUCGAUUGCUGUGGCACCACCGAAUAUGUCGACCGGGGCACACGUACCAGGGAUCUCUAUCAUCUUCGAAGGAUGGGUUCUAAAGAAACGAAGGAAGAAGAUGCAAGGCUUUGCCCGACGCUACUUCACCUUGUUUCACACUGGAAUCCUAUCGUACGCGUUUGAGCCUGGGCAGCCCAUCCGAGACCAGGUCUCCUUGCACCACGCAGCCAUAUCCACCGCGCCUGGCCGAAAGGACAUACAUAUUGACUCCAAUAACGCAACUUUCCAUCUUAAAUGCCUGAGCACCGAAGACUUUGACCAUUGGAUGACCGCUUUGAGGACAUUCAUGCCCAAUACUCCUGACGGGAGGAAAUCAGUCAAUUUCAGGCAUUCGCGUCAAGGAAGUCUAGGAUACGUUCGUCCGACAGUGGCAAUCGAGGAAAUGGGAUCGGCUAUAGCAGAAUUAGACAGUGCAGUGCACGCGCUGAUCAACGAAGUCGCCCAUAUCAAGACCAGCAGCUCCUAUAAGGCAAAGCACGACGUUUUCGGAUUAUUCAAAAAGAAUCCCCAUCAUCCAACGGCGAAUGAACCUACAGCAAUGCCCGAUCCUGCAGCUCAGCUAGUCGUGCAGCAACGAGUUGAAGAAGCGUUAGACGCGAUGAAGAUACACUACGCCCUGCUACUCAGAUCUGCGAACCACCACCCUCAUACCCCCUUUGAUCAAUCACAAUCAAGCCUAUCCUCCCCCCUUCCAACCACAGCCGAAGAGGACGAAACCUAUGCAACUAGGCGACCCCGUAGUCGAACUUCGGUUCGUGCAGCUAGCAGGGCCAUGAAGCGCGCGUCAACUGGCACGAGUAUAAGCGAUGCUGAGUGGUUCGACGCGAUGGAAGGCGACGGGCCCGAAGAAUACGUCCUGGAUUCUCAAGGCGCGGACGGUACUAGCACCGAGCCUCCUAGCAGGAUUCUGACGAACGAUAGCCGAAGUAGUUUGGACCAAGACCAUUCUUCGAAUGGGGAUACCGACUUUGGCGAACCCGAGCCUGGCACGCCGCACCCUUCCGACGCAGACAAGCCAUACAACCUUCAUGUGGUCCGACGUGCGGUGUUGCCUUCGCCUGUCGUAGGGGAUGAAGGCAGCUUGUUCGCCGUUCUGAAAAAGAACGUCGGGAAGGAUCUUUCAUCUAUUGUGAUGCCAGUGACCUUCAAUGAACCUCUUACCCUAUUGCAGCGUACAGCAGAGGAGUUGGAGUAUCACGACCUUCUCAGCCAGGCAGCAGCUACAUCAGACCCGGUUGAACGAUUGUGCUUUGUUGCUGCUUUCGCCGUGUCAGGGUACGCCCAUACGCGCCAUCGCAGUGGCCGGAAGGGUUUUAAUCCUAUGCUCGCUGAAACCUUCGAGGAUGUACGUAUGAAGUUGAUAGCGGAGAAAGUCCGACAUCAACCAGUAGUAAUGGCUUAUCACGCCGAAGGACAAGGUUGGGAACUCAAUGCGACUUCGUCAGGCCGGACCAAGUUCUGGGGUAAAAGUUUGGAGAUUAUCCCUCUUGGCAUUACUCGCGUCACGAUAGGAGACGACAGCUUUGAAUGGAAAAAGCCAUCGUCAUUCCUGCGAAACAUGAUGGUGGGAACGAAGUACCUUGAGCAUUGUGGUAAGAUGACCAUCGAGAAUACCACGACUGGCGCUCGAUGCGUACUUGAUUUCAAGCAAAGCGGUUACUGGGGCGCAACUAACCUCGUUUCCGGUGUUGUGCAUUCUCCAUCGGGCGCCGUUGUCUCGCAGCUGGACGGCAAAUGGGAUGAUCAGCUCGCGCAGACAUUUGACUCCGAGCACUUCCGCAUGCUCUGGCGAGUGUCGCCAUAUCCGAAGAAUAUCCACGAGUACUACGGGUUCACUUCUUUCGGCAUAACAUUAAACGAGAUUACCAGCGACAUCGAGGGAAAGCUCCCUCCCACGGAUUCUCGAUUUAGGCCUGAUGUCCGAGCCUUGGAGGAGGGCGAUUUAGAUAGGGCGGAGGAUGAAAAGUUGAGAGUGGAAGAGAUGCAGCGUGAGCGGCGGAGGAGAGGGAAGGAUCGGCAGCCAAGGUGGUUCAGAGAGGAGGGUGAAGAGUGGGUUUACACAGGAGGAUAUUGGGAAGCUCGCGCGGCUGGGUGGAAGGGAUCCAACGCCGAUCCCUUAUGGUAA